GCCGCCAUUCUGUUUGCUGUACUCCUGCAGUGCCCUGUCUUCUUCGGGCCCUCCGUAACACAAGCAAACCAGUUCGCUGUCGAUUGCUCUUUCGGAAAGCCAGAAAACUUAGCAAGUAACCUUACAAUGUCUGCCACAUUUAAAGGCAGACUUGCAGCUUCCAAAUAUCUGAGCCAUUUAUGUGUCGUGAAGACGAGCGGACAAAGCCAAGAAAAGCGCUUCUUGCAGGUGAAAGCCAAACUUGAAGACAACGAAUCGACUGGUAAACGAUUUCUGCAUGCAUCAGUAUAUGGAGCAGAUGAACCCCGCCUAUUAGGUAACUUGGAUAUAUGGAAAUCGAAUGGUGAUUGGAGUUCUCUCAUCAUAUGUCCACCGCGUGACCAAAAUGACAAAGAUCAAGAAAAACAUCUGUUACUUUUAGGAACACCGAACCUUGCUUUUAAAGUGCAGGUAGAAAGUUCUGUUCAGGAGAUAAAGCUGGACGAAGCAAAGACCUUCGACUUACGCCCCUCUGAGUCGAACAAAGUUUUCCAGUUCAUCCCAACAGGGGAUAUCUCAGAUAAGCAGCUUGACGUCACUGUCAUUUCCGAAUCUGACGACGUACCGGCCUACCUAAAAGUAUCACGUGACUGUGAGGAUGUUAAUGAGAACAUUGACAUUGUGGACUAUAAGGGAGAGUCAAUUCGUCUUUCGUUCGCUAAAAAGGGACGGAUUACCUUGUCAAGAGUUUCUAUUCCACCAUUGACUGAUUCCAUCGCAAGCUGGUUUAUUGGAAUUGCAAUUAAGAAUGCCACAGGUGAGACGCCAGAGGAGGUAACUAAGACCGUGACAUUAACUUUGAAAAGAUCAUUUGACUACGCCUACUUUUCGCCAAUAGUUUGGGUGGUCAUCUUGCCCGCGUUUGCAUUUGGUAUCCUUGUGGCGGUCUGCGGUAUUUGCUGCUUUCCAAUAGCGCACAAUACCACUGACAUUCCAUCAAACAGACGGGAGAAUUUUGAAGCGACCGAAGUGAAAGAAAACCAGCAAGGUGAACAAAAACCGUUAGUUGGGACUUCGAGGAGGUCCUCUGAAUUUAUGUGGUACUGGUUUGAACGUGGUCCCAAAACAUAUUCAUAUAUAACUGUUAUUGUAGGCUUUGUGUUAAUGAUUGGCGCAGGCCAAUAUGUUUUCGCCAACUGGCGUCUAAUGAUAGAAGAAGGAGACAGGGACACUUGUUAUUAUAAUGACUUUUGUUACAGAGUCAGUAAUUUUGACAUUCCAUUCAAUUUAAUGAUCAGUAACUUAGCAUAUAUGAUUCAUGGCCUUAUUCUGGCUCUUUCUUUGAUGAUUAUGGAGAGAAAGCUAUUUUCUGUAUACGGAAAUAAUAUUCUACCACCAAAGCAUGCAUUUUCCAUGGGUUAUGCCUUUGCCUGGGCUAUAUUUUUUGAAGGUUGUUUUUCCCUUGUUUAUCAUCUCUGUCCUAGUAAGCUAACGUUUCAGUUUGAUACUGGGUUUAUGUUUGUCAUUGCAGGACUGAUCAUUGUUUUGUUGUACAACGGAAUCGAAAUGAAACAGAAUGUAGGAAAAAGGGGAUAUGUUGACGCAGCCAAUUUCUUCCUUUAUUUCCUAGUGCCACUGUAUAUUUUCAACUAUUUUGGCACACUGAGUCAUUCAGAAACUGGGCUAGUUAACACUUCGGCUUUUUAUGUUUUUGUUGUAAUCUGGUGGAUUUUUAUUACCAUCUGGACGGGUUGGAAAUUGUUUCCAGACCGUAACAGUUCGAUCAACAUAAUUAAGUGUUUCGGAUUUUUCCUAGGUUUUGUUGCACCAGCCAUUCUAUUUGGGUAUUUUCGAAACAAUAUUCCUGAAGUUUUCUUGUUUAGCUGUAUUGGAGAAGGUAUCAUUGCCAUUUUCUUCAAUGCUUUGUGCAACCGGAAAGAUAUCACAUGGGCAAAAAAAUGGUGGCACCGUAUUUGUCAAUUUGGGUAUGGCUUGAUUAUGGUUGUUUUGUGGGUGCUAGCUGUUUUUUAUUUUGUUAAAAGCCCGACAACGGAUAAAACGCUUACUCCUGAAAAAUCAAGAGAUUAUAAUCAAGAUUGCAUCGUAGAGGGGUUUUUUGACCACCAUGACCUCUGGCACAUUUUAUCGUCCCACGCUCUUCUCAUGACAGCAUACUUUGUCAUGUUUACUAGUCACAAGAGCGGUUAAACAUGUACUACUCAAAAACAGGAACUGGAAUCCAAACUGUGAACAAAACUCUUUUCAUGAAGAAGGAACCGAAAAUUUUAUCCCUUUGCCUACCAACUGUUCAAAAAGCAAGAAAUGAAAUUUGGAUUUUUUCAUCGUACAAGAUGGUAAAGAAUCCGUUUGGUUUCGAAAAAGCUCGUAUAGGACAACCAAUCGCUAUCUGAAAGAACGCGCAUUAACUUGUUUCUUUCAAGACCGUAUUCGUACAGAGUUUUGGGGAGUAUAUAGCGAAAAACAUCGGUUUGUAUUGCUGUUGUGCCUCUGGAUACUCUCGUUGGGUAGCAAUUCAUAUCAACUUAUAGGUUCAAUGUAAGCCUGUAAAUACUGGAAUGUCAUCAAGCUCGGAAUUUUAAUAUCUAAACUCAACAUGGAAGAACUAGCUAUUACAAGUCUCCGUUGAAAUUAAAUUUUACGUAUUGGUAACAACUCAGAAAUUUGAUAUUUUUGUUACCUAGUUGACUUCUCUUUUUGGAAUUUGCUAUCCAAACGGUCAAAUGUUUUAUUAUGUUUUAUUUACUGUAUUUUAUUGUUGGGUAUUUUCACGCUUACUUAUUUUAGUCUAUGGUUUUAAUAUGAGUUUUCAGUUUGUGUCAUAGGAGUUAGUUUUAACUAUAUACCACAUUAAUGUAAUUAGCGUGUCAUCGCAGUUAUUAUAGUCUCAGAAAAGGUGUACAUAGUUCAGACUCGGGGAAGGAGGGUAGGGAAAGCUGCAUGUGACCUUUUCCUGAUCAUGAUGGAAUAGUGAUAAAUACUGAUAACCGUGAAAAAAACUUGGGAUACUGUCAGUGUAGGUCCUUCCCAAACAACCUUGGAGUAAAAAGAAAGGCAUUAAUUAAGGUUUUAGGUUUGUAGUUCAGACUUCCAAGAAAAGCCUGUAUUCUUUGUUUGCACGUGACGUCGGCAUAAAUUAAAAAACCGGGGUCAGCCAUGUUGGGGGAUAACCACGCGUUACAAUCCCUGUAACAUAGCUGUUUGAAGUGUAAGUUGAAGGUGUUACGCAUAUACUUGUCAAUGUCAUGCAUUCUAAAUAGCUGUCAAUACUUGUAACUAGGUAUGCCAAUGUAGACUAUUUUAAGAGUUGUGUUGUAGUUUGGAUUGUAAUACCUUUAUUUUGUGUGAACGGUAAAUUUGUUUUGUAGGAUACUACACCGCCCACGUGCUUUGCGGAAGCCGGUAUGAUCGUUUUUACAGUACUGUUUUAGUUUCCCCUCUUAUCAUGCCACAACUCUGCUCUGUGUUGUCUUUGGUUGUUUUGAAUUUGGUUGUGUUACAGGUAUGAACAAGCAAGCAAUUGAAAAAUGAUUAUUGUUUAAGCUUCCAAGGCUGUAUGUUUCUUUUGUAAUAAAAAUUUUCCAAACUUGG